UUCUCCAUCAUCUCUGCUUUCAUCCUCAACUCUCAUUCUCAAAUUGUAAACUUUCUUGAAAAUGGCAGCAUCCACCCCUACUACUUCUCUCAUGCUAGACUCAGCCUUAACUAACGAAAUCUUCUCCAUCCUCGAAAACAAGUUUCUGUUCCAUGACAUGAAUAAAUCCUCAUCUGGGAAAGUCAGAAUCUUGUCCAUUGAUGGAGCUGGUUCCACUGAUGGUAUCUUAGCAGCUAAGGCUCUCGUCCAUCUCGAGGCCUUUCUUCGUAAAAAAUCUGGUUGUCAAAAUGCCAGCAUUGCUGAAUAUUUUGAUGUUGUUGCUGGUUCUGGAGCAGGAGGCGUUCUCGCCGCAUUGUUGUUCACCCGUGGAAAAGAUGGCGGUCCAAUUCUUAGUGCCGGGGAAGCUCUGGAUUUCAUCAUCAAGCAGCGUCGGAGGAUUUUCCGCUCCUCGCCGCAGGGGAUUAUCCGGCGAAUUUUUCGACCGUCGAAGGUAGAGAAGGUGUUUCGGAGAAUUUUCGGGGAGUCAACUUUGAAAGACACGUUGAAGCCGGUUUUGAUUCCCUGCUACGAUCUGUCGAGUCACGCGGCAUUCGUGUUCUCACGCGCCGACGCGUUGGAAAUAGACAGCUACGAUUUCAAGAUGAAGGAUGUCUGCGUCGCGACGACGGCAGAUCCAGCGGCGGUGGGAGCUGUGGAGAUGAGAUCAGUGGACGGCAGGAGCAGGAUCAUGGCUGUGGAAGGCGGAAUCGCCAUGAACAACCCGACCGCAGCGGCAGUAACGCACGUGCUGAAUAACAAACAGGAAUUCCCGUUCUGCAACGGAGUGGGGGAUCUCCUGGUGGUGUCUUUGGGAAACGGAGAGUGCGGACUAAGUUCACCGGACCCAACCUUUCUUAAAAUCGCCGGGGACAGAGCUUCCGAUACGGUGGACGAGGCAGUAUCGAUGGCGUUCGGAGAGCACCGGGUGAGCAAUUACGCUCGCAUCCAGGGGAACGGACUGAUAAAAUUCAGCAAAGAAAGCGAUGUAGUGAGAUUGGCAGAGGAAAUGUUGGGUCAGAAAAACGUAGAGUCGGUUCUGUUUGAAGGGAAGAAGAUGGGAGGGGUUACAAACUUGGAGAAAUUAGAGGCGUUUAGCGGCGAGAUAAUUAAGGAGCAAGAGAGGAGGAAAACCAGCAUUCUACCCAUUGUGGUCUUGAGGCAUCAUGCAUCCGUCUCACCAAGAACAUCAUCCGCCACUACUACUUCAACGCUUUCCUCUAAUUAGGCAUGAAAUCUCUCCUGUUGUACCCACAAUCUCUGUUGCCGCUCCUCGUCAAAUAUGGUGGAGUCCGGGCUGACUUUUUCUGUUAGGUUAUACAGUUUUACAAUUUUUAUUUUUUUUCCUUUUAAUGAUGUUGGUUAUUCCAUUAGAGUUGACUGUCUCUUAAGAUGGUGUGAUAUUUAUCUUACUACAAAAUUGCUUGUUUAUUGACAUC